GGGACUUGCUAUAAGGACACAAACGACUCUUAAAUCCACCGCUCCUCUGUUAUUACACAGGAGGCUGGAAGAAACAAACAUCAAAACAGGAGGAGUUGUGAUUUAGCUUCUAACUUCGCUGGUAUUUUAACAUUAUUUUAAAUUAUUCUCAGCUACAGAGACACUUGGGGGCCGACAGAUCUACCAUGAUAAGGGCUGUGGAUGUUGCGCUGACUGUGCUGCUCGCCGUGUCCCUGUCGUGCAGGAGCGCGUUUGGCGGCUACGGGAUGAGCCUGUUCGCAGCGCAGACCUCUCCCCCGGACCCCUGCUACGACGAGCACGGCAACCCGCGGCGCUGCAUCCCGGACUUCGUCAACUCCGCCUUCGGGAAGGAAGUGAGAGUGUCCAGCACCUGCGGCAAGACGCCGAGCCGCUACUGCGUGGUGACUUCUGCAGAGAAAGGAGACGAGAGAACCAGGAACUGUCACACCUGCGACGCCUCUGACCCAAAGAAAUACCACCCACCGGCGUAUCUAACAGAUCUCAAUAACCCUCACAACCUCACCUGCUGGCAGUCCGAGAAUUUCGUCCAGUACCCGCAAAACGUCACCCUGACUCUGUCCCUCGGCAAGAAGUUUGAAGUCACUUAUGUGAGCCUGCAGUUCUGCUCGCCCAGACCCGAAUCCAUGGUUAUUUACAAGUCCAUGGACUAUGGUAAAACGUGGGUACCCUUUCAGUUUUACUCUACCCAAUGUAGGAAGAUGUACAACAAGCCCAACAGGGCUGUUAUCACAAAGCAGAACGAGCAGGAGGCCGUCUGCACCGACUCCCACACCGACAUGUACCCUCUGACCGGCGGGCUCAUCGCCUUCAGCACGCUGGACGGCAGACCAUCCGCGCACGACUUUGACAACUCGCCGGUGCUGCAGGACUGGGUAACAGCAACUGAUAUCAAAGUCAUCUUCAGUCGGCUGCACACUUUCGGCGACGAGAACGAGGACGACUCGGAGCUGGCCCGGGACUCGUACUUCUACGCCGUGUCAGACCUGCAAGUCGGAGGGAGAUGCAAAUGCAACGGACACGCGUCUCGAUGCGUGAAGGACCGCGAUGGAAGUCUGGUGUGCGAGUGUAAGCACAACACCGCUGGGCCGGAGUGCGACAGGUGCAAGCCUUUCCACUACGACAGACCGUGGCAAAGAGCCACAGCCAGGGAGGCCAACGAGUGUGUCGCCUGUAACUGCAACCUUCACGCCCGAAGGUGCCGGUUCAACAUGGAGCUCUACAAGCUAUCAGGGAGGAAGAGCGGCGGCGUCUGCCUCAACUGUCGCCACAACACAGCAGGUCGCCACUGCCACUACUGCAAGGAGGGCUACUACAGGGACCUGUCCAAACCCAUCUCACACAGGAAAGCCUGCAAAGCAUGUGAUUGCCAUCCCGUGGGUGCUGCUGGCAAAACCUGUAACCAAACCACAGGACAAUGUCCCUGUAAAGACGGCGUGACUGGUAUCACGUGCAACCGCUGUGCUAAAGGCUACCAGCAGAGCCGCUCGCCCAUUGCCCCCUGCAUAAAGAUUCCAGUUGCACCUCCUACAACUCCGUCCAGCAGCACAGAGGAGCCAUCAGACUGUGACACUUACUGCAAGGCGUCCAAAGGCAAGCUGAAAAUCAACAUGAAGAAGUACUGCAAGAAAGAUUACGCUGUCCAGGUGCACAUCCUGAAGGCAGACAAAUCCGGUGAGUGGUGGAAAUUCACCGUCAACAUCAUCUCCGUCUACAAGCAGGGCGAGAGCCGCAUUCGCCGUGGCGACCAGUUCCUGUGGGUACGUGCCAAAGACGUGGCCUGCAAGUGUCCAAAGAUCAAGCCCGGUAAGAAGUACCUGCUCCUGGGGAACGACGAGGACUCCCCCGGCCAGGGCGGGGUGGUGGCAGACAAAGGCAGCCUGGUCAUCCAGUGGAGGGACACGUGGGCACGCAGGCUCAGAAAGUUCCAGCAGCGUGAGAAGAAAGGCAAGUGCAAGAAGCCAUAAACGGAAGAAAGAAGUGGAGAAGAUGCCAGAGAGGGAGAGGAAUUCAAAGAGUACAGCAGAGCGGGAGAAUGGGGGGAGAAAGACAGAGGACCACAGACAGAGAAGAGACUGUUGAUGUCGCUGCUUUUUUGUGUAGACGCAUGAAGAGAAUUAUUUAGGAUGAUUUGUUUUUUUUGUUUUUUUUAGAGAACUUUUGUUGAAGGAGCUCAUCUUGCAGAUUUGGUUUAAUGGUUUAUUUUACUUUCUCUCUUGUGGAUUUGCCGAGUUUGCACCUAUUACCAGUAUAUAACGUUAUUUGUGUUCUUUAUCCCGGUAUGAAAUCAUUAUAUUUUAUGUUUGGACAUUUUCUGCUGGUGCAAAAAUGACAGAAAACCACUUAAACACAGCUGCAAUUUUGCCUCUGCAUGCUUUUUUUUGUUUUGUUACUGUACUCUUAGAAGCAAGCUUGUUUCAUCAGAAACCUUCACCUACGAUUUAGACAGUUACCUUUUCCUUCACUGAAAUUUGUGCCAUAAAAACUAUUGUUGCUAAGCCACAGAUGUGCAUACACUUAGAUAUCAAUGAGCUGCAUUCUUUCCCUAGUUCAGGUAUAUCGGCAAAUCAAGCGACAAUAAAUCUGCCGUCCUACAUUUUGAUCUGACAGGACUUUUCCAGAUUUACAACAUGCAAGUAACAGAAGAAGACCAAGGAGAAAAUAUAUACAUCAACUAAAGCAUUUCUGACCUGAUUCACCCCCACUCAAACUUCACUUGUUCAAUUUUGGUGGUGGAUGCAUGUGAAAGCGUCUCAUUUGAGACUGCAGUGUUCAGUUCACUGUAUGGUGCUGCUUGUGGUACUAAUGUUAUUUUUUUUGUUUGUUUGUUUUUUUUUUUUUUUUUCAUGGGGUUGUUGGUUUAAAAUCACUGAUUUCACUUUCAUUACUUUCAGCAACUGUGAUUUCGUUUUAAUUCUUUAUUUCACAUACCCCAUAUAACAAGAGACUUGGAGGACAACAGGCCUGCCACACAGAGUCUUCCAAAAAUAAUUACAAAGUUGUGAGAUGUUCAUGGGUAGAGUUAACGGGAUUAGAAUGAAUAUGGACUCAUACGUAGAUUCAGAAUGAUAUUCUUUUGUAAAUUUAGUACUACACUUGCUCUACCAUAGAAUAAUUGGAACUGUGAAGGUUACCUAGGUUACGCAGGUUAUUGUGGACAUGGGCAAAGAAGUGCAAAUAUCACAUCACAGGUUCAACAGUAAAUAUGUUUUUAAGACUUAUUCUUUUAUGCCAGCUCAUGAAAUACGCUGCAAAACAUGUCAAAAGAAAGAAAAAUAUUCUUUUGCUUGACCUCUGCCUUGCACUAACAGUGUGGGCAGCUACGAACCACUAAAACAGGUACAUUUAAACUUUAUGCAGAAAGCAAUAAUAAUAAGCAAAGAAUUGGCAUAAUGAAAAUAAAGCUUUCUUACCUCAUAUGGUGCAGCGAUGAAUCCUGAUCCUGCAGGAAAAUGUAAACUUAAAAAGCACACAUAAAAAGUGCUCAACACCAUUAUUCAAAUUUGCUCUUGGAAUCCACCUCACGCUCCCACAGUACAAUGGGAUGGCAGAUAAAUACCUUUACGGAGCGCACACAUUCCUUUGCGAACAGGAUGCAUGACUGUACAUUCACCGAAAGGACAGCGUGCAGCCUCCCAUUCACCUGCCACGUUAAUUCUCCUCACUCCCGACACUCAGGAAUGGAGUGAACUGCAAUCACUAGUCGCUGCUCGAUUUGGACCACUUCUCUCGUUUAUCUGUAUGCAGUUCAGUUUGGAUUUCUCUGAGGAAAGCUCGGGGGAAACACAGCUCAGGUUUGUAGAAAAAAAGCCUAGAGAUUUAACUGAUUUAUCAUCAGAUAGAGUUUGUUUUAAGAACACAACCAGAUAAAUACAGCGACAUGUAUCUGUUAUCUCUCAAAAUGAAAUGAAGCGCCUUUUCUAUUUCCACAGCUCUGGAAUAUGUGAACAGAAGGUUUACAUAUGCUAGAUGAGGUCAUCUAAAGAUGUGGUACCUAAUGCUUAACUUUGUUAAAAUGACAACUGAUUGCAUUAUUAUAGAAACCUACUUAGAAUUAAAAUAACAGUUUUGUUUAUGAUCUAAAAUCCCUCUAAAUUAGAAGCAGACUGAUGUGUAUUUGUCAUUAUUUACAUUUAAGGUUUGGUGGAAUUACUGUACAAUCAAUCCAGUGGUUGGGCUUUCAUGAUGCUACGUCCUCUCCAACUCUGACAACAAUUAAUGAUAUAUUCACAUGCUCCUCCUGCCUUUUAUUGUUAAACGUACAACAUAACGUUACGUCUUUUUUUAAAUUCUCACAGUGUAAUCACACCUCACUAGUCUCUGUAACCUCAUGCUGUAAAUUUUACAUCUGACUCCAGAGCAAUGGUUUGACAAGCUUCCUGACGAAAUGCUACACACAUACCCGUCAAAGCAUUGCUUUGUGUUCAUACUAUGAAUUGUAAAUGUUGUUGUCACCAUUGCAAAGACUCUUUGCAAUGCUGUUUUACAAUGCCUACUAAUAUAUUAUGGUUAUUAUAUAUGAAUAUAUUUAAUGACACAAGACAUUGUGGAUUUUAUUGUCUUUUUCAAUUUUUUUUUUACUUGUUUGUGGUUGUUUAGAUCGUUGCCAUUAAAGAAGGAAAUAAUAACUACUGAACACACCAACCUGGUAGAACUAAAUUCAGAUAUUUCAGUUGAAAUAAACUCUUGUUAUGUUGAAAACGUG